ACUUUGAUUCUGUUUGAAUUGAUAAGGUUUUUUAUAUAAUAUAAUUCCUUUAUUGAUAAUAUAAAUUAAGAACAUAAAUUGAAUAUCCAAGGCUAACUACAACAUAAAAUUUAAAAUAAAAUUGCAUAUAAAAUAAUAGAAAAGCAGGAUUCAUCUGGUAGGCUAGCUAAUAUGGGCGGUUAUUCUUUUGGGGCAAAUGAAGCAGAUGCUAAGGUAAAGAGUAAAUCAGCUGUCUCGCUAAAGGGGAAAAAUAAAUCAAAAGAGUAAGAAAAAAAUGAGGAAGAUGAAGAAGAUUAACAAAUUGAAAAAGGCAACAAUAACUAAACUAAAAGACAAUAAAAUAAUAUAAAUACUAAAAUUUCAGGAAACUUAAGUGAAUUAAUUGAUGCUGCAUAGGCAAUCACUUAACAGGAUAAAUAAUUUAUGUCUUUUACUCAAGUUAACGAAAUUGACAUUAAUGAAUUCUAACAAGAAAAUUUAAUAUUUUAAGACAAUCAAUAAGGGGAUUUUAAUCAUGAUUUAUAUCACUAUUGCAUUCAAGAUAAGCUUAAACAAAAAGAGUAUGAAUAUUUCUAAAAAUUAUCAUUAGAUUUUUAUACCUAAUAGAGAAUACCACAAAAUGAAUAUAACGAUUUGAAGUAAAUGCUAUAAAGAUAAAAGGAAAUUUUAGAAAAACAACCUAGUGUUAAUGUAAAUAGCUUGUUGAAUUUUGAAAAGAAACUGAACUAGCUAGAGAGGCUUUGGGAAGAAAUAAAAGUAGAGCUUAAAAACAGUUAAAGUAAAUAGUAGAAAUAAGAAUAGCUAUCCUAAAAUAAUAAAAGUUUUAACAAAAUGGGUGUACAAUAAUUAAGAAGUAUAGAAGGAGCAGAAAAUUUUAAUUUCAAAUACACAAAUUUGAAUGAAUAAGAAUAAAGUUACAUAGAUCAUAGUGAUGAUAACUGCUACGAAAAAGAGAACAACAAAUAUAAUGAAAAUAAUAAUAUUAAAUAUCUAAAACAAAGUUAAAGCGGCAAUUCAAAAAAUAAUUAAAAAAUAGUAUAUCAGUUCAUAAAACCCAAUAAAAAAGCAGGAGGAGUAAAAACAGAGCACUCACCUCAAAAUUUCAGAGAAAGUCCUUACUCGGCUAAUCACAAUAAUAAUAUAAAUUAAAAUGGAAAUAAUUUGAAUAACAGAUAACCUAAUAUUUAAUCUACAUCUCACUCUCCAAAAAGUAGAAGCAAUCCACAAAAACCUGUGAAUCAUAAUGGAGUAUAAAUAUAAAGAAUGUACGCUCCAUUUAACAUAAGUAAAAGUAACUAAUAGAUUAAUGGGUAUUAAAAAAAUUAAAAUGACCCAGCAUAAUAUCCAAGAAUAAAAUCAACAGCUACAAGAGAUUAUUCUCCUUCGAGGCCAAUAAAUAAUAGCAGCAUAAAGGCUGUAAAAAUAAGUGAAAAUUCGGCUAAUAUAGGAAAUAUGUCUAAGGAAUAAAGAGGAGGAUAAAGUACUGCAUAAACUUAAGAUAGCUUGAAUUAUGGAAGUGAAAUAGGAAACAAAAAACUAAUUUAGGGCCAAAGAUAUCAAGACUCAGAAAAUUUAUUAUACACUUAAAAAGUAAAAAUAAUAUAACGAGAAGUCAACACAAAUAACACACUUAAUAGAUCAGCAAGUCCAAAUAAUGGUAGAAUGAUUGCAAAAGAUCAUCAAAUACAAAGGACGAACUUCCUUGUAGCUAAAACAUCCUCUUCAAGCAAUAACGUGAAUAAUAAAAGCAAACUAUAAAAUAAUUCAUCUCCAAUAAAAAAAGAAUCAAAUUAAUUUUUUAGAAUAACAUCUUCAAAAAAACAGUCUAAUGAAUAAGUUUAAAAAUCUCCUUAAUAAGAAGCGAAUAAUAAGCCAAUAAAGAUUGCUUAGAAUAUAUAAAGCACAAAAAAGAGACCUAAUUCCCCUCAUAAUAACCACCGAUUUAAAAAAUUAGAAUAAUAAAAUAAUUGA